AUGGCCCCGCGAGGAUUCACCCUUCCUCCCGCAAACACCCAAUCUGCCAGGCAGGCACGUAGUGCGUUCUUCUGCUCUCUGUGCCAAAAAGGCUACAGUCGCAUGAACGAAUUCGAAGCGCAUGAAUCGUCCUAUGACCACCAACAUAAGAAGAGAUUGAAGGAGAUGAAAGAGAUGCAGAGACAGGUACAGCCGAAGAAAGAAGAGAAGGGGCCGCUGAUGCAGAUAAAGCUGGGCACUGCCAUCAAGAGUUCGACGGCAGGGGGUGGCGGAUUCAAAAAGGGCGGGUUCAAGAAUGCCUUUGCUGCGGUCGAGGACGAGGGCAUUGUUAAGACCGAAAAGAAGGAUGGAGGCGACGACCCUGUCGAUAAGAAGCAAGAGGUGGAUGACGAAGACAGCGACGUGACCGACGAGGAUGAUUACUAUGAUCCACGGAGACCGACUGGAUGCAUGCCUGGGUGUGGGAGCCGUGUCGCCACAGGCGCUUGA